AUGUCAAAUGAGUACCUUGGUCCAUGGCAUGAAAACUUGCGUAGCAGUACCAUGGCAACUGGUAGCAAUCUUGGUGGUGGUGAUUUUGAAAAACUUAUGGAAGGAAUCUCUGAAGCCAAGACUACUAUUGAUUUAUUCUUGAACAAUAGAUUUGAAGAGGCCAAGAAUCGUUUGCAGAAGAAUGCACAAGGUGGAAUGUAUCAAGAAUUGGCCAAUUCCACUGUACUUUUUAUUCAAGGAAUGGCUACCAUUGAACAGGAAAAUCUUGAGUUAGCAAAGGAAAAUUUAAGGACAACUUUGAAGGCAUGUACAGCAAAUAGACGCAAAGCAGCCAUCUCAGAAACAUUUACAAAGCAAAUAGAUAAAAAUCGUAAUGCGAUUUUCAAUCUAUACACUGAUGAACAAGCACAUGCUGAGCUUUGUUAUGCCGAAGGUCUUCUUCAGUUGGCAUUUCUUUCAAUGCUUCAAGAUGAAAAACUUACAAGCCUUAUAAAAUGUUCCUUGAAAAUACGUCAGUGUUACAAGUGUUAUCGAAUCUGUUGGAGGAUAUUAAAGUAUCGAAAUUGGGAAAAUCAUAUCAGCAAGUCAGCUUUUGAAAGUGGUGUCCAUUUAGGUGUAGGAGCAUUCAAUCUAAUGAUCUCGAUGCUUCCUAGACGAGUGUUAAAAUUGUUGGAAUUUGUUGGUUUCUCCGGCGAUCGUCAAUUUGGUUUAGAACAACUUAGAAUGGGUGCACAAAUGCAUGAUUCGCUACGCGGUCCACUGUGUGCUUUAUUACUACUAUCGUAUGAUUUAUAUGCUACUCAUAUGCUAGGUGACAGUGUUGUAAGUGUGUCAUGUGAACAGCCAGAACAUUUUAAAGAAGCUCGUGAAUUACUUGAUCAAUGGUCUGUUGUAUAUCCUAAAAGCGCCAUAUUCCUGCUGUUAGCUGGUCGACUAGAAGAAAUAUCUGGAAAUCUAACUGCGGCUAUCGGAUUAUUUCAACGGUCUAUAGACUCCCAGUCUGAUUGGAUCCAUUAUCAUCAUCUUUGUUAUUGGGAAUUGAUUUGGUGUUAUGCACUACAAGCAGAUUGGCAGCAGGCAGUUUGCUAUACAGAAAAGUUGGCUUUAGAAAGUCGAUGGAGUCAAGCAUCAUAUCGAUAUAUGAAAGCAGCCUUCCUUUUGCAAAGUAUCGAAGAUCGUACUGUAUCUGAUACAAUAUCCAGUGGAGAUGUUUCUGUUAAACCUCAACAUGAGGUUGAUCAAUUGCUUGCAGAUAUACCAAAAUUGGUCAAACGUUUUGGUGGCAGAUCAUUACCGAUUGAAAAAAUUGCCCUCCGGAAAUCCUCAAGAUACUUUGCACAGAACAAGAUGUUAACACUUCCAGCUCUGGAACUCAUUUUUAUUUGGAAUGGAUUUAAAAUGAUUCAAUCACAACCAGAUGCCAUUACAACAUUUAUUAUGAUAUGUGAAAAUAAAAUUAACGAACUAUUCCAAAAAAGAGAUACAUAUGAAAAUUUCUAUGAUGACUACUGUUUAGGUUUAAUGCUAAAAGGAGUAUGUCUUCGAUGUCGAGGACAACCAUUUCAAGCUUUUAUGUGUUUCACUGAGAUUUUACAAUCUAAAAAGAAACUGAAACUUGAUACCUAUUUACUACCAUAUUGUGAAAUGGAAUUAUGUCAUUUAUCCUAUGAGGAAGGUGAUAUUGAAGAGGCUAUAAAGCAUUUAGAAAAAGCUUUAAGUUACAAAGGAUACCAUCUAGAGUCUAGACUACACUUUCGUAUACAUGAAAUGGAUAGAACUCUAAGAGAGUGUAAACGAAAGUCUUCAACAUCUACUCUUCAAUACCAGCAACAAAACCAACACCAAUCACAAUUGAUGAAAAAAACUGGCAGUGAACAUCUACUUGUCAUACCAUCACUGAAUAAUAAUAAUAAUCAUGAUAAUAAAUCAGUAUCAUCGUUUAAAUCUGUAGAUAUCCCUGUAAAUUAUUCUUCAUCACAAUCACCAUCAUCAUCAAGGACAAUUAAAUUGAUAUACAACAUCACAAAUUUACACAAUUGA